AUGGGAUCCUCGUCAGGCUCCAGUGUCGUCGACGAGACCGAGAUAUCGCCCCUCCUCCAACCAGGCACGAGCAGUCCUACUCCCGACGAGAAGCCUUCUUCUCAACUGUCCAUCCUCUCCGGAGUAACGCGGCUUUGGAGACGGGACAGCAAGACAGACACCAACCUCGAAGACAUCGCCACCCAGCCAAGCGUCUUCGACAAUCCCAAACUCGCACACCACUUCCGCCCCUCCGCGCAGUAUGAAAAUCUCCACCGCUUCGAUCCCUCCGCCCGCUGGACGUGGGCCGAAGAGCUCCCCUUGAUUCGCAAGCUCGACUACAAAGUCACCCUAUGGGCAUGUCUUGCCUUCUUCGCUCUCGACCUCCCCCGAAGCAACGUCAGCAGCGCCAACACCGACAACUUCCUCGAUGAUCUGGGCCUCACCACCAACGACUUCAAUCUGGGUAACUCGCUCUUCCGCGUCGGCUUCCUCCUCGCCGAACUGCCCUCGCAGCUUCUAAGCAAGCGCCUUGGACCGGAUGUCUGGAUUCCUGCGCAGAUGAUUAUGUGGUCCUUUGUAUCCGCAUCGCAAUUCUGGCUACGCGGCAGGCGCUCGUAUCUCUUCUGUCGGGUCCUGAUCGGCACGCUCCAGGGAGGCUUCAUCCCCGACUUGAUCCUAUAUCUCUCUUACUUCUUCAAGAGCUCCGAGCUUCCUUUUCGACUCGCUCUCUUCUGGCUGUCAAACCGCAUCACCAACGUCAUUUCCCCCCUCUUUGCCUUCGGCCUUCUCCACCUCGAAGGCGUGGCGGGCCGUGAGGGUUGGCGCUGGCUGUUUAUGAUAGAAGGUGCCAUCACCUUUGCUAUUGGCUGCUGGAGCUUCUUCUGCAUGGUGCCAUCCAUCACCGAGACAAAAGCACGCUGGCGCCCUCCAGGCUGGUUCACGGAGCGAGAAGAAGUGAUUGCCGUCAACCGAGUGCUUCGCGACGAUCCCUCUAAAGGCGACAUGCAUAACCGGGAGGGCAUUUCUCUCAGACUGCUCUGGCGCACUUUGCGCGACUUUGAUCUCUGGCCCCUCUACCUCAUUGGCCUGACUUUUGGCAUCCCCGUGCAGCCCCCGGAAGCGUACCUUACGCUCACCCUGCGCCGACUGCAAUUUGGCGUCUACGCAUCUAAUCUGCUCUGCAUUCCCAUCUUCCUCCUCACCUCGGUAACGAUGCUCAUCUUCACCCCUCUAGCAGAGCGCUUCAACCAACGCGCCAUCUUCGGCGCCCUCGCCCAAAUCUGGCUCCUCGCCUGCGUCCUCGGCCUGCGCUUCCUCCCCGCCGACGCCGGCCGUUGGACCACGUACAUCGUCACCGGCCUGCUGAUCAGCUAUCCCUACCCGCAUCCCGUGCAGGUUGCGUGGUGCAGUCGCAUCUCCAACGCCGUCUCUACUCGUGCCGUCUCCGCUGCGCUGUAUAAUAUGGCGGUGCAGUUGCAGUAUAUCAUUGCGGCGAAUGUGUAUCGCGAGGAUGAUCGGCCGCUUUAUCGGAGGGGGAAUUCGGUGCUUGCUUGUAUUGGAGGGAUGAAUAUUGUUAUUUAUUUGCUGGUGAAAGUGUACUACACGAAGCGCAACCAGCAGAAGCGAAAACAGUGGAAUGCUCUGUCGCCCGAAGAGCAAGAAGUCUAUCGACAAAACACCACGGACGCUGGUAGUCGUCGAUUGGAUUUCCAAUUCGUUUCAUGA